ACUGUGUCCACAAACGUGGUGACACUCAAAAAAAGUUGCUAGCAAAACACCAGGAUUUCAGACAACUGAGAGCACACUGCACUAUAGGUUCAUUCCAAGGUCCAGAUUCUAUAUACAAAAAGAAGAUCCAAUUCAAAGACCAGCAUCUAUCUAUAUAGAUAUUUUUUUAAAUCUGAACAAUUAGAAACCACAAAUAACUACUCUUUGCCUUCCUGGUGUCAUGGAGAAAGUCCAGUACCUCACCCGCUCUGCCAUAAGAAGAGCUUCGACUAUUGAAAUGCCCCAACAAGCACGUCAAAAUCUCCAGGAACUCUUUAUAAAUUUCUGCCUCAUAUUAAUAUGUCUUUUGCUUAUCUGCAUCAUUGUGAUGCUUCUCUGAAGUUCUGAUAUUACUCCCUGCUCCACUCUCCAUCAGUGUGGAUCCAAAACCUAUUAUGCAACAAGGAGAAGAAACUGAAACUGUACAAGAAACCAUUUUCUGGGUGCAAGAAUAUCCCCGUGAAAAGGAUGUAAAUGAUGAGCUGAUAUAUUCUCCUGCUGGAUCACUCAAACCUGGGAAAUAUUUCUUUCAAAAAGUUAUUUACAAAAGCAAUAGGCUGGUUAUGCAUGGUGUAAUUUUAUUUGCUUAUUAGGCACUGCUUAGAAGAGGCUUUGUUUUCUACUUCACACUAUGGCCAAAUCAACUUUGUAUCCAAAGCAAGAACUAUUUUCACUGUUUGGGGAGCUGUGUAAUUUACAUUUUAUUGUUAUAUUUAUCAGAUAUUAAAUUUUUCAGUGCUUUGACAACAAUUACCAAAACAGCCAUUCAAAAUAAUGCUUCGCCAUUCAAAAUGGAGAGCUUCUUAUAAUCACUUCAACUUUAGAAUAUUCAUAAAAUUUCAGGCAUACAUUCAUCUUUGUUAUUGAUUAGAACCACACAUUUCCAAACUAAAAGUAAUUGAAUAUUAAAAUAGAGAACUUGAUUUUAUUCUACACUGUGUUUCACCCUUAUUUAAAGAAAGGGUACAAAGAACAAGUAAAGAAAAAGGCAAAGCCCUAAACUUAUAUUAUAUUAAAAAGUUUUCUGUUACUUGCAGCUCCAAUUAAUUUAAGACAACUAUGCCUUAGGAAACAAGUAAUUCAAAAUUUUAGGUUAAUCAAAUCUAUUCUCCUUCCUAGGAUAUUAUGUUCUGAUAGAUACAGGGAAACAAGUCAGUCAAUAUGCUGGAAAGGGGGAUUAGCCUUGACAAAGGAGAUAUUCUCAAGACGUUUUGCUUCAAGGUACUUCUGCCAAAGCCUACAACUGAGACAUAGGUUCACUGAGUACCAUAUACGUCACAUGUGCAAGAAAAAAAGAUGUCAUGUGUAUCAGUAGAAAUUAUUCCAAGAUUAUCUAUUUUGUUAUAUAUUAUAGUCGACUUCUAGAAAAUAUUAGCAUUCUACCCCAUGUGCUUCUUAAGGUGGGAUAGAUUACUAAUAGUUAAAGAGAUGAUUACUGAGCACCUCCUUUACCUAAAAACUUCAACUAAAUUCAGUAUCUACAGUGACACUGAGGUCAGAGAUGGACAUGGUAAAGGUGCCUUUUAAUUUGUUCUUUUGCAUGAAAAUGGACUUUUAAAAAUCUUUCAGAAUUUCAGUUUUCUUUAAACCAUGAUAAAUGAUAGAUCAUUAAAUUCUAUGGAUUUAAUAUUAGUGCAAAACAUUUUUUCAAAAUUUUUGUACCUAUGAGGCAUUCAUAAAAUAGGUCAACUUCUAAACAAUUAAUUCCUGUGCAAAACACAUUAUAGCCUUAUUAUAAGUGCAGAGCUCCUAUAAAAACUUUUGACAAUAUUUUCUUGUGGCAAAACUGCUUGAUGAAUCAUAAAAUCCCAUGGAAAUAGAAGAUUCUUGGAUUUUACAGAGAAUGCAUAGAGUAAGCACAGGAAAUAUUGUCAGGAAAAAUAAAAUUACAUUAAGCAGUGAACCAGAAACUAGUCCUGUAGUGACAUCUGCUGGUAUAGCGAAAUACUGGACAUGAAAUCAGAAGACUUGAGUUCCAGUCUCCUUUCAACUAACUUGCUUAUCAGCUAUAUGUCCUCAGAAUGAAGACUAUCAGUAAUGCUUCAGUACUCAUUAAAGGCUAUGAACAAGCUAAACAGAUCUUGAAAAUCAAGUGUAAACUCUGAAACAUUUAAUUGUUUUCCCUCCAGUUGCUUUGUUCACUAUGCUAAUAUUAAAUUUAAUUUUUUUAAUAUCUGAGAAUAUAUUUCCUCUCAUGAAUAUAAAAUGAACCCAUACUGUCAAAAACCAUAGAAUAUUAAUACCUUCUACCCAGAAACCAAUUCCUUCAAAUGAUCUUAUAUACAGUAAUAUAAUGAUUAUAAGGGGAAAUAAGAAACCUGUUGCAUUAAAAAUGAUAAGAUAACAUAUCUAAGUACAAUAUGGUUCAGGAAGAGUAAAUUCUAACAUUACAGGCUGAUUAAAAUUUUUAUAGAAUUAACUAAUUUUAAAGACUAUUUUGUAUUAUCAUUUUUAUUGUGGUUGACUAAAACUAUCUUAUAGCUAAAUAUGAUGUUUAAUGCAAAUAGUCAC